AUGAGUGAGUGGCAGAGGGUGUUUGAGCAGAACCUCACCAUUCCCCCGCACUGCCAGCGCAGACGUGCUCGCUGGCCAGGCUCCACUGCCUUCUGCUGCGUGCUGAAGUACCUGGAAGGAGCUGUCCUCACCCAGGGAGCUGAGUAUCAGCUGCGCCUCUCCCUUUUCGAUGCCACCUACCACCACUUCUUUGGGAGGACCUGGAGGAGUGCCCAGCGAGCUGCCUGCAUGGUCCCACUGCGCCCAGCCAGGGCAGCUUUCAACGAGACUGUCUACUUCCACACCUCCUUGAACCACCCUGGUAUCUCUGCUGUCGUGGAAGUGGUGGCAGUGGCUGGGAAAGGGGACCAGGGCUCUCAGCAUCUCUCCUGUGGCUUUGGACUCAUUCCCCUUUUCAGCAGCAGGUUGGAGGUGACAGACCUGGCCACUGAGGACAGAGUGCUGAAGCUAUACCAUGGGACACCACGUGCCUUACUGCACCCACGCUUCCAUGACCCCAUGGAGAAGAACAGAUACCUGAUGGUGAUGGAGAAAAGCCACCUACAGUAUGCCCUGAGAACCCACCAGCCCCUGGAGAUGGUAUUUCACCUCCUUCCUGAAAAUCUGCUGGUGUCUGGGCUGCAGACCCUCCCCGGCUUGCUGCCGGUGCAUGGAGUCACAACUGACUGCUUGCAGAAGCCCCGGCUGCUGCCACCGGUCACCUGCUACCUGGAGAGGCUCUCUGUGCAGCUGGCCCCUUCCUUGGAAGAGUUCGAGGAGCAGCUGCUAGAGCUGCUGAACAGCGAUCACUUGCUGCAGGCCAGUGCUGCACCGGAUGGUGCCAGGCUGGUGGUGCGUGAGCGGCGGCUGCAUGUUGGUGUCCACAACGGCCUCCGCUUCCUGCAGGUGCCACAGGUUGCCCUGCUGGUGCCCCAGGCUGAGGUAGCACAGGGCAGCUGCCCACAGGUGCCAAGCUCUGGAGCCAGGGGUCAAGCCCUGGUCCUGAGAAGCCGAAUCCACCUGAGCGAGAUGGUUCCUCACCCAGCCUUCAGGGUCUGCUUUCAGCUGGAGUAUGUCUGCUGCAGCUCCGGAGGAGCUGCCGGGAAGGCCCUGCCUGGCAGUGCCCGCAGCGAGGUGGGUGACCUGUGCUCGGUGUGCUGGGCUGUCUGGAGCCCAGUGCCAGGCUCCAGAGAGGCUGAAGUGGUUCUGCCCCUGCGUGGUGGUGCCCACCGUGGACCCUGCCAAACCUUGGUCUACCGGCGCCCUGUGAGCAGCAGGAGCUCACGACAGGAGCAGCAGGUGGAGUCUGGGACUGUCCAAUUCCAUGUUGCCACCGACUCAGAGGAACAUUCUGUAAGUGCUACGGAGCUGCUACGCAGUGCCAGGGCCGAGGCGGUGCCCACGCCGGUGCUGGGUCUGGCAGCCCCUCUGCAAACAAUGACCUCCCCACGGGGACCAGGGCUGUCAGUGUCCGAGCUGUUGUCCUCACUGCAGGGCAGGGAAGGGUUCCUGGUGCCACAUGGCUGCAGCUCACAUCAUGACUCCGCUCACCUGGAGGCUGCUGCAGGCAUCACUCACUUGGAGGCUGACCUUGGCUCACUGGACCCAGAGCCCAGUGCCAGUGACCAGCUGCAGGCACUGCCCUUCGCCCCCCUGCAGGUGCCUAUUGCUGCUGUGGGGCUGCAGGCAAGCAGGUCCCACAGGCUGCUGUCCCUUGCUGCCCUGGCACACCUGCAGGCUGCUGGCUUCCCACAGAUCCUGGACCGUCACCAGCUGCCGGUGGAGAUCUCGGAGCCGCCGGAGCCAGCAAGCCUCAGCCUGCGGCUGGAGGAGGCUGAUCCUCUGCAAGGCAACGAAAUCAUCCUGCAGUUCCUGGCCUUUGGCAGGGAUACCAGUGAUGGCAUGGAGGGGACGUGGCCAGGGAAUAUAUUCCUCACCUUCCAGUUCUAUCGCUUCCCACCAGUCACCACUGCCCGGCUGCAGCUGGUCAGCAGUGAGGGGGGUGCAGCACAGCUCCUCAUGCAGAUCAAGAAGGAUGGGACCCUCAGCACUGGCCCCCCAGGGCUGCAGCUGCGGUAUGUGGUGGAUCCUGGGUCCCUGCGGCCCGGGGAGCAGCGCUGGUUCCUGCGCUACCUGGCAGAGCACAGCCUGCAGAUCGACGUCUGGGAUGGAGACUCCCUGCUCCUCGUUGGGUCUGCUGCUGUUAAAUUGCAGCCCCUGCUGCGCCAGGGCCAGGAGGCUGUCAGGACCCACCAUGAGCUGGAGGUGACCAGGACAGAGUACGAGCAGGACGUGGCGGUGCUGGGCAGGGAGGCUCUGUGGCACGGAGCCCUGCAGCCCCUCGGUGUCCGUGUGGUGGUCAGGGGCUACCUCCACCUCUGCCUGGCCAAUGUUGGCCACCCAUAUGAAGAGACCCCAGGGCAGCUGCCAUCCCCAUUGCCGUCCCGCUCCUACUAUGUGUCUGGUGCUGCCAACAUCUCAGCUGGCAGCUGGUUACCCCGGUAUGCUGCUGCUGGUGGGCAGGUGUUGCGGGCACGGAGGCUGGUGGAGGUGGACGGUGAGCUGGCAGCUGCCCUGCAGAGCCGCCAGGCAGGGGGCUGGCAGGAGCAGCGUGCCCAGCACAUGCAGGACCUGCAGAUCAUCGAUGCCUACCGGGACCACACCAAGGGCGAGAGCAUCGCCCAGGCUCUGAGCCAGGCCAUCACUGCUACCCACACCGUGCACGCAGUGCUGGGCACGGCAGAGUUCUUCGAGUUUGCCCUGAAGAACCCCUGCAGCGUCCAGCACACUGUGACCAUCGAGGUCGACCACCCUGAGCUCAGUGUGAUCCUGGACCCAAGGGAGUGGCGCCACUUCAAGGAGCUGACCAAGAGCACAACUCCAGUGGAGGAGGAGAUGUUCCACUUGUGUGAGGACCUCAAGCCUCAGGUCUACCUGCGCCCCCACGAGACCCUCCACAUCCCCUUCAAGUACCAGACCUUCUCUGCAGACCCUGCGCUCGGCAUGGCACAGGAGCCAGCCAGGCUGGAGGCUGGUGCCAAUGUGGCCACCCUGGGGAAGAGGGAGGGCAGGCAGACAAAGCACAUCCAGGUCUGCUUCCAGGGGAGCAGGGGGAAACCCCUGGCACUGCUGCGGGUGCAGGUGGAGCCGCAGCUGCACGUGGUGGACCAGACCUUCCGCUUCUACCACCCGGAGCUCACCUUCCUGAAGAAGACCAUUCGGCUGCCCCCCUGGCACACCCUCCCUGGGGCACCGGUGGGGAUGCCAGGAGAGGAGCCCCAGCUGUUUGUUCGCUGCAGUGACCCCAACAUAAUUUGUGAAACCAAGAACAUGGGCCCAGGUGAGCCGCAGGACAUCUUCUUAAAAGUGGCUGGAGGACCAAGCCCCCAGAUCAAGAAGUUCUUCGUUGCUAUUUAUAUGGAUGCCUGGCUGGCAGUGCCCACACAGAUCUGGCAGUUCUACCUGCACUCCCUGCAGCGCCUGGACCUGAGUGGCACAGCUGGGCAGCUUGCCCGCCUCUCACUGCUGCUGCGUGGCACCGUGGCCCCCCGCAGGGUGCAGGCAUUCACCUCCCAUCCCCACGAGCUGCAGGUGGACCCAGGCGGUGCCUUCCUGCUCCCUGCCAAUGCAGUGCAGGAGCUGUACCUGGGUGUGCGGCCCCGGAGGGCUGGCACCAGGUUCAUCUACCUCAACCUGGUGGAUGUGGAGUCUCACCAGCUGGUGUCCUCCUGGCUGCUCUGCCUCUCCUGCAGGCGGCCUCUCAUCUCUAAGGUGUUUGAGAUCUCUCUGCCCCUGGGAGGCAGCUGCAACAAGCGCAUCACCUACACCAACCCCUACCCCUCGCCCCGGCUCUACUUUCUGGGCACCAACCGCCCUGACCUGCUGCGGUUCCGGGAGGACUCCUUCCAGGUGGCUGGGGGGGAGGUGUACAGCAUCGGCCUGCGCUUUGGCCCGGGCCAGGCGCUGGGCGAGGAGGAGAUCCUGAUCCACAUCAACGACCACGAGGACAAGAACGAGGAAACUUUCUGCGUCAGGGUCCUCUACCAGUGA